AUGGCCAUAGGGGUCUGGCAGCUCCUACUGGACAUGGGAAUUCUGUCAUCAGUGGACCAGCAUUUAUACUUUCAGGACACGUAUGUUUUCUACCAGAUUUCAUCUGAUGAGUGUAACUACUUGUACUGGGAGUUUGAGGGAGAAGAGGCAUGGCAGAAUGGUGUCAGACUCUUGCUGCAGCUUGUGCCUCUCAUUCCCAGUCGAGCUGGCAUCUGUGAACUAUCUCAUCAGAAAAUUGAAGACUCAGAAGAGAGCAGUGAUGAAAUUCUUGCUUGUCUAAUUUCUGCAAUAAGGUCAUGCGAUUUCCCUGCCCAGGAGUGCAGAAAUACUGAGGGGUCUUGGAAAGGAGGACCUAUGGACCCCCCUGGACCUUGCAUCUUGGCCUUCCUGACCCCGGGUCUAACAUUCCUCAAAGAAGAAGAGGUUUCUCCAAGAAUGGAUUCAGGCCAUCUCUUGAGAUCAGGUCAAGACCAUUCUUCUUCUCGAGAGCCUCACCCCAAGCUCAGAAAAAGAAGAUUCUGGGCCCUAGGAUGA